AUGAGAAGGCAAUGGGACAGAAAGAGGGCUUCACCGUCUUCGCGUCUUCGUAGUCUUGCACGUGGCAGCUGUCCGGCGAUCGUUGACCGAAACUUGGAGCGCAGGCAGGGAGGCCGGUUCCCGUUUGGCGCACAGUGCGGGAAGCUGAAGUGGACUGGCAUCACCGGGUCGGCCUUAAGCCCAGCUCUUGAAACACGCCCAGAAAGCGGCGGGCCCGCGGGCUGGAGCGCUGGCGGGGGAGGGGGCGGGAUCGGAGGGGGCCGGACUGGAACGGGUGGGGAGCGGGCCAGGUCCGGGCGGGCAGGAGCCCCGGCCGGGCGCGCCGAGAUCGGCGCCCCGGAGGGCGCGGACGGAAGGGGCUGGGGAGAAGCGCGGGGGCGGGCUCAGGUUGUUGAGGCAUCUUCCUUAAGCUGGGGUACCAGAGUCAAAGGCUUCAUUGCGUGCUUUGCUGUAGGGAUUUUUUGCUCGCUGCUGGGCACUCUUCUGUUGUGGCUGCCCAAAAAGGGACUGUACUUCUUUGCAGUGUUUUAUACCUUUGGUAACAUCGCAUCAAUUGGGAGCACCAUCUUCCUCAUGGGACCAGUGAAGCAGCUGAAGCGAAUGUUUGAGCCUACACGUUUGAUUGCAACUAUCUUGGUGCUGUUGUGUUUUGUACUUACCCUGUGUUCUGCCUUUUGGUGGCAUAACAAGGGACUCGCACUCAUCUUCUGCAUUUUGCAGUCUUUGGCAUUGACGUGGUAUAGCCUUUCCUUCAUACCAUUUGCAAGGGAUGCUGUGAAGAAGUGUUUUGCUGCAUGUCUUGCAUAAUAUAUGGCCCAUUUUACAAAACUUUGGAAGACCCUAUGGAUGGAAGCUGGUGGACAGUUCUGUAAAUACCUUCUACAUUUCUGUCUUACAGACACGUGCCUUUUAUCUUGCAGCAAUUGUUGCUUGCAAUUUGAACAUUUGAGGGUUGCCUUUGAUAGCAACGAUAGCUUCCCAAACCUGAAUCAGAAGCACACUAUGAGAAGUGAGUUCUUUAGCUUUUGGAGUAGAAGCUUCCUCGUGCACUGGUUUCCUCUUUGUAUAUUGUCCUCUGAAUUUUCAUUUAUAAAAACCCAUUCUGCAGCAGAUAAGCCUUGGGGGCUAAUGUUUCCCAGAUGGCAGCAGGUAGCCCCAUCAGAGGUCACAGGGGAGCAACAAUAAGGGAAAAAAUUUGGGGGUCAACAGGGACUUUGCAUUGUGUCCCUCAGCAUGGAAGCCAUCACCACUGUCCUACCUAGUGUGGACAUGCUUCUAUUCUGGCCACUAGAAGCAAGUAAUUCUGCCUUAUACAAGUGUGUGAAGAGCCUGUCCGAAAAGUGAAGUGGAAAAUAAGCGCUCUUUGGUGAUAUGUGCUGUUUCUUAGGCUGCACUUAGGCUCUCUUGCUGUUCUAGCCCUACGCUGACUGCGGAAUGUAUCUCCUCAUCCUGGGUGCAGACUCUCUUUCCCGUGGGUUUGUCUUCCUGUCCUUUUCUCUCUGCCUCUCCCUAGAUAUCUUUUCUUAUGACCUCCUAGCAUUAGAUCGAGAAAGAACAAAGCAGCAGCAGAAAACACUGCUAUCUCCUUUUGGACAAGAGCCGAUAGGAGGUGAAAAAUUUUACUGCUCUCAGAUGUAUUUUUUUCUUUGUUAUUUAUAAAUGUUUGCUUUUGAACUGAUUUUAUUUUCCAUUCACCUUGGAGCAGGGCUGGGGAAGAGCCGGUGGGGAGAUAGAUCCCUGCUGUGGGGCCAGCAGGAAGUAGGCACGCCUGUCUGGUGACCUUCACACAGUCCCAGUGUUUGCAUUUGCUGGAGACACAGAGGAGGACCUCAUGGAUGGCAGGGGGUCAGAUCUCAGCCUGGUGCCUAACCACUGCAGAGUGCUGUUGUGCCCAUGAUAUUGUCUGGUCCUCUUGAGAGCCUGUGAUGAAGCAGAGAUUGCUGUUCCACUGUGCAGUCAAGGAAAUCGAGGCCCAGGUUGGUUUCUAGAUCCACCUAGAGCCACAGCCGUGGCAGAGUUGAGCUCUGAACCUGGGCACCACAGCUUCCACCUCCUCCAUGACUAGUGUUUCCUAGCGUGGCCCUGGUUGUACCUUCUGUAACUGCCUAUGACUGUUGUCUCUGUUUUCAUCAGCCAAGCCUGUGCCUGUUACGUUUCAGUAAAGCAUAGGUGUUAUUGUUUAAUUCUAGAAAUAACUGAUGAUCUUGAUUUGACUUCUCUCCAUCA